CAUUUGAGUUCAUGCCCCACUUCUCUCCCUCUCUCUCCCCCUCUAUCUCUCUUUCUGUAUGACUCUCUGCCACCCCCUCCUCUCUCUCUCACAGCCUAUAAUAAUUAAAUGCUGACUUCUCAAAGUGCUGUCCGUCAGUAUGCCUGUCUCAGCAUAGCAGCCCUGGAGCCUGACAUACAAGAGAGAGGGGGGGUAGAGUGAGAGAGAGACUGGGGACUGGGAGAGAGAGAGAGAGGAGGGGGAGAAGAAGAAAAAAAGAAACAACUUUCUCUGGUUUCUAACUGCAGGCUCUGCCUUGCCGAGGGGCUUCAGCACUGCGCUUCUGUGAAGUGCCCUCUUGCCCAGGGGUGUGCAGCGGUGUGUAUGAGUGAGUGUGUGUGUGUGUGAGACAAACCUCAGGAGCCAUGUCGGACCCCAGGGACAUUGACGAGGAUGCCAUCCUCAAGGGCCUCAGUGCUGCGGAGCUGGAUCAGCUGGAGUAUGAGCUGCAGGAGAUGGACCCCGAGAAUGCCAUGCUGCCUGCUGGCUACCGGCAGCGUGACCAGACAAAGAAGAGCCCAACGGGGGCGUUCGACCGCGACGCCCUGCAGCAGCACUUGGAGAAGCAGGCCCUGGAGGACCCGGACAGGGAGGACCUGGUGCCCUUCACUGGGGAGAAGAAAGGAAAGACCUUUGUGCCCAAGGCACCAGCGGAGAUCCCUCUACACGAGCAGGUGAUACUGGAACCGGAGCUGGAGGAAGCUCUGAAAAAUGCCACUGACGCAGAGAUGUGUGAUAUUGCAGCUAUCCUUGGGAUGUACACGCUGAUGAGCAACAAGCAGUACUACGAUGCUCUUGGCACCACAGGCACCAUUGCCAACACAGAGGGCAUCAACAGUGUCGUGAAACCAGAUCCAUUCAAGAUCUUCCCCGAUGAACCACCCAACACCACCAAUGUGGAGGAAACCCUGGAGAGAAUCCACAACAACGACAGCAGCCUGACUGAAGUCAACCUCAACAACAUCAAGGACAUUCCCAUCCCAACACUGAAAGAGAUCUUUGAGGCGAUGAAGGGAAACUCUCACGUGGAGUGUCUCAGCAUCGCUGCCACCCGUAGCAACGACCCUGUGGCCUACGCUUGUGCUGAGAUGCUGCAGGAGAACACCAGCUUGCAGAGUCUUAAUAUCGAGUCCAACUUCAUCACUUCAGACGGCAUGAUGGCAAUUAUCAAAGCGAUGGCCAACAAUGCCACACUGGUGGAGUUCAAGAUUGACAACCAGAGGCAGAGACUGGGAGACUCCGUUGAGAUGGAGAUGGCCUCCAUGUUGGAGAACAACUCCAGCAUCCUCAAAUUCGGCUACCACUUCAACCAGCAGGGUCCCCGCGCCAGAGCUGCCAUGGCAAUCACACGAAACAAUGACAUGAUUCGCCAGCAGAGGUUAAGAUGAAAGCAUCAAGGUGAAAACAGAAGAAAAAAACAUUUUAACCUUUUUGCAGCCUGCAGACUGCCACCAACAGCCUGGUGCCAGCUUUUUCAGUGUGGUGCGCAAGAGCUGAACAAAUCCUCCCGAAUUAAAGCGGGUCGUCGUGCAUGGUGCAACCCACCUAACAUCCAUGUCCAGCCAUUUCAUUUCAUUGACUGCAGCCGGCUUUUUGUAGACUGCUGAAUUCAUCAUAAAGGCAUGUAUAGGUCACAAGCAAAAUGUGAAGUGUCUUUUUUUUUGUUUUUGUGCUUUUAGUUUUUUGUGCAUUGCCAACAUCAUCCCAAACAAAAUUCAUUCAUGAUAACAUUUUCAAUGUGGAGCUAUCUGUGGGAAUAAAACAAACUGUAAAUACUUUAAAUAAAAAUAUAUAUUCAAGUA